CGUCAUAAUAAAAUAUUAGAGUUCGCUCUCUCUUUAUUUAUUUUUUUUUUUUAUUUUGAGAAAAAGAAAAAAGAAAAUAUUUUUUAUGGGAAGAAAGAUAGAAAAUGGGAGGGAGAAGAAAAAUGCAAUGGAAGCUUUAAAUGCGAGUUGGUUGAUUUGGUUUCCUUCUAUCUUCUCUUCUCUUCUCUUCUCUCAUCCUUAUUAACAAAGUAAAGGGACUCAAAGGGUACCUAUCCCAUAUUAAUGUUUAUAUAUAUAUAAGAACUUAUUUUCUUUUAACUUAAGAGUUAAGGAUCGACUCAACAACACCCAGCUACAAAAUAUUCAUUUUUGGUUUAGUUCUUGACAAAAAGCCAUGGAUUUUAUUGGACACCCUUUUCGUUUUUCUUCACCUUCUCUACCCUCGUUUGGGAAUUUCAUCGAAAGGGUUAAGGAAUUUUGUACCUUUGCUGUUUCUGCAAUCCUUGGAAACAUCUUUUCUGCGAUCUUCACCUUCUUUUUUGCUUUAGUUGGGACCUUAUUAGGAGCCAUGACUGGGGCUUUAAUAGGACAAGAGACAGAGAGUGGAUUUGUAAGAGGGGCUGCUGUUGGAGCAAUCUCUGGGGCUGUUUUCUCAAUUGAGGUGUUUGAAUCUUCUCUUGUUCUAUGGCAAUCAGAUGAAUCUGGAAUUGGGUGUCUCUUAUACUUGAUUGAUGUCAUUGCAAGCCUUCUUAGUGGUAGACUAGUUCGAGAAAGGAUUGGUCCAGCCAUGUUAAGUGCAGUUCAAAGCCAGAUGGGUGCUGUUGAAACCGGGUUCGAUGAGGUGACCAACAUCUUUGACACCGGAGGCUCCAAAGGAUUGCCUUGUGAUUCAGUUGAAAAGAUCCCUAAAAUCACAAUUAGUAGCAACAACAAUGUAGAUGGCUCUGGGGAAAGAGCCUGUUGUUCUGUUUGCCUUCAGGACUUUCAGAUUGGAGAGACAGUUAGAAGCUUGCCUCAAUGUAAUCACAUGUUUCACCUACCUUGUAUAGAUAAGUGGCUCUUAAGGCAUGGUUCUUGCCCAUUGUGCAGAAGGGAUUUGUAAUUUAAGUUUUGUGUAAAUUAAAGAAAGAGAAGAAGAAGAAGAAGAAGAAGAAGAAGAAAGAAAAUAUAACUUUUGUUUUUAAUUUUCUCAUACAUAAUCAUCUUUAGGGCUUUUUUUUUUUUUGUUAAUCUAUAAUUUUAAUGGUGGUUGGUACAUGGCUUUCCCCUCCUUUUGUAGAUCUCUCAUCUCAUGUUCUAUCAUGAGUUUAAUGUAUAAAAGUUUUGGGCUAUGAUAGUUUUAAUUAAUUCA